AUGGAGAAUAUCAACAAGAACUUUGUCAAACGUGUGCUGGCAGCAAGUCAGAGAAAUUCAGCCGUACGAAGAGCAAAUAGGCCUGGAUACCGUUUCUCUGUUGGCAUCAUGAAACGCCGAAUGAUCAAAAAUAUUUCCAGUGCCGCUGAAGGAAUGCAACGAUUUUUUUCAAGAUCGCCCUCUCCAGUGCCCCAACAACCAACACAAAGCUUGUCUGGCCAAGGAGAUGGCAAUGGCAUUAUUCCUUAUGACGAAGAGACAGAUGUAUUCAGCUACAUGAGUGCUGGAAACUCUGCUGAAUACUACAACAAUACGACUACUAUGGCUUCUGCUGCAGAUGCAGACACAAACAACAAUUGGUGGUUUGCAGUAGAAGAUGGACACAUCCGUCCUGACAACGAAGAAGAAGAACUGAACAGUGAUGACGACGACGAUGAAAUCAACUCGUACAUUAGCUUUAAUGAUACUGUCACCGCAGACGAUAAUUUGACUUUUGUCAAUGAGAUUAGUACUGCCAAUGACCCAGAUCAACAAUUGGUUGCCUCUACACCUGAUGUUGUCACCGCAGAUGAGAGCCUGUCUUUUGUCGAUGAGUUUGAUACUGCCAAUGACCAUAAUCAACAAUUGGCUCCAUCUACACCUGAUGCUGUUACCGCAGACGACAGCCUGUCCUGUGUCGAUGCGUUUGAUACUGCCAAUGGCCAAAGCCAACACUUGGUUGUGCCUACACCUGAUGCUAGCAACACCCAAGACCGUGUCUCUGCUGCUUUUACCUGGCUUGCCAACCUUGAUCCUGAAAACCUCACGCCUGCUGACAUUGAACAACUGUUAUUGACCCAAACAAAUGAGUUGGUCUUUGGAAACCUUGCAAGAGCAUCCGCUGAUGCAGAUGGCAACUCUUUAUCAAGUCCAUUGGCUGAGACUACUGAAGCCGUACCAGAGACCACACAUGAAAUUCUACAAGAUCAAAUCCCAUUUCAAGAAACCACAGAUAAAGUACAGCAUGACGAUGUGUCUGGUGAAGAAACUACACAUGAAAUGCUACAUGGUGAUGUCUCUCGUACAGCAACUGCAGAUGAAGUGCUACAUGGUGGUGUCUCUCUUGACGAAAUCACAAACGGCAUGCUAUAUGGCGAUGAUCCCAUCAAAAAAAUCACAGAUGAAAUGCUGCAUGGUGAUGCUUCUUUUCAAGAAUCUACCGAUGAAACAGCACAUGAUAAUGCCUCUCGAAAAGUAGUUACAGAUGAAAUGCCAUAUUCUGAUGUCUCUUGUGAAGAAACCACACAUAUGAUGCAACAUGGCGAUGUCUUUGAAGUGAUUACAGACAAAUUGGUAUAUGAUGGUGUCUCUCGUAAAGAAAUGACUGAUGAAAUGCCAUCUGGCGACAUCUCUCCUGAAGAAAUCACUGACGAGAUGCUAUAUGGCGAUAUUCCUCUUGAAGAAAUGACAGAAGAAGAGCACUCAAGCCCUGAAAGCAGUGAUGCAAGCCUCUCCUCUCCUCCAACCCAACAUCGCCUUGCCACUGUGAUUAAGGAAGAAGACAAUCAAACAUGGGUAAACCUCAACAACAGCCAAGACUAUGUCAAUACCGUCCAUUCUCUCAGAGUUUCCAGUAUACUCGGCAAAAGAAAGUUUGAGGAUGAACACGAUGACUUCACUCCUAAUAAGAAACAUCAUCCUAACAUUUUCUAA